GCGCGUGCCUAUUUGUUAAUUGAUGAGGUUAUCGGCGAUAGAUUAAUGAGAGCGACAUUAGCGAGGGUCGUUAUUAUCAAUACAUUUUUUGAGGGGUAGAGAAAAAAAAUGUGUCCGUCACUUCCUCGCGACGUGAGCGGCGUCACCGCUGGCCCUGUGACUUGCAACGUGGACCAAUCGGCGCGCAGCUUCCUGCUUGCGAAACUUUGAAUGGCAUUGGCCUUGGCUGUUGCGGUGGGUCGGGCAGCUUUUCCGUGCGAGUCGUUUCAUUCUCAAAAAAUACAGAUACGUCGACAGUGAAGAGCAAUAAUGAAGGCCCUGAUCCUGGUGGGUGGGUAUGGCACCAGGCUGCGACCCCUCACACUCAGCCUCCCCAAACCGCUGGUGGAUUUCUGCAACAAGCCCAUCCUGUUCCACCAGGUGGAGGCACUCGUCAAGGCUGGCGUUAACCAUGUAAUCCUGGCGGUAAGUUAUAUGUCCGAGUUGCUGGAAAAGGAACUCAAGCGAGAGGAAAAGAAGUUAGGGAUCAGAAUAUCUAUGUCCCAUGAGACGGAGCCGCUCGGUACAGCUGGACCACUUGCCCUGGCACGAGACAUUCUCAAAGAAGACAACGAGCCCUUCUUUGUCCUCAACAGCGAUGUCAUCUGCGAGUUCCCCUUCGAGGACAUGAUCAAGUUUCACAAGCAAAGCAACAGGGAGGGCACUCUUGUGGUUACGAAGGUAGAGGAGCCUUCCAAGUACGGCGUGGUGGUUUACAACUCCGAGGAUGGCAGGAUCCACCGCUUUGUUGAGAAGCCGCAAGUCUUUGUCUCCAACAAGAUUAACGCCGGCAUGUACAUCUUCAGCCCGCGCAUCCUUGACCGCAUCCAGCUUCGACCAACAUCCAUUGAGAAGGAAAUUUUCCCAGCAAUGGCUCAAGCAGGGGAGCUUUAUGCCCUGGAGCUGCAAGGCUUCUGGAUGGACAUUGGGCAGCCCAAGGACUUCCUCACGGGCAUGUGCCUUUAUCUGCACGCCGUGCGCCUCAAAGCCCCCGAGCGGCUCCAUCACGCGCCGGGGAUUCUGGGUAACGUCCUGGUGGACCCCAGCGCUAAAAUCGGCCAGAACUGCCGGAUCGGCCCCAACGUGGUGGUGGGGCCGGGCGUGGUGAUCGAGGACGGCGUGCGCAUCCAGCGCUGCACCGUGCUGCGUGACUCGCGGAUCAAGUCGCACUCGUGGCUCGACUCCUGCCUCAUCGGCUGGAGCUCUGUCGUCGGGCAGUGGGUGAGGAUGGAGAACGUGACGGUGCUCGGCGAGGACGUGAUCGUGAACGACGAGCUGUACCUGAACGGAGCGAGCGUGCUGCCCCACAAGGCCAUCGCCGAUUCCGUUCCUGAGCCCAAGAUCAUCAUGUAGCGCUCGCUCCGUCUCGUGAGAAACGCGGAGAAAGCGAGAUCCCUGUCCGCGCGGCGCUUUCUGUCUCGUCUCGAGUCUUUUCUCUUUUUAUUUACGAAAGGUCAAUUGGCUUAUGGGAUGCUCUUGACAUAUAUAAAAUAUGUGCACACCGACACAAGUGGACACCAUCCGUCUUUCGAUCCUACGUGCGUUUUCAAGGAAAACCAGAUGGCCCGGUCGGGAUGUUUCUCGUUCACUAUGACGCAUGCAUCCAGCUGAGAAGUCGCCCACUGAUGGCGAUAAAAAACUUGUAACAUAUUGUAAAAUGUUUAUCGGAAACAUCACGUUGUUGCUGUUGUUGUGGACGGCUGUGAACAUUUGGAAAGAAGAAAACUGCUGCAAGCCGAGAUCGGUUCUUCUAAUGUGUAAAAGUUAGGUCCGUUUUCAAAUUUUGAAGUGGAACACUGUCGAUUGUUUAGGGUCUCUCCAACCGGAGGCAAUUGCAGUUGACAAAAGGGGAUUGCAAUAUUUAUGAAGCUGCUUAGAAAACAAAAAAACAGUGCAUUUCACAUGUCUGCAUGGUUUUUGUUGAUGUUUAACCAGUCUUGCCAAAUGGUGGACUUAAGUUGCAAAUACAAUAGGCGUCCUCUUAGCAGCCUUGUGUAAAGCAUUGCCUGUUAAGUAAACCACGAAACGGGAAACGUUAUUCAAGUGCAGGAAAAACUUGCAAAACAUUUCUACAUGUAGGAAAUACUUUUUGUCUUUUCUGAGAAGCCUACUGACUUCUUAAAUGCCUGCCUGCAUUGCAAUCUACCCGAAUUCGAAAAUGGUACAGCGCAGUGUUUUUACUGGGUCACGGAGAUUCGAUUACGCAUAUAAUUGUAUUACUGUAAAUUGUUUAAAAUGAGCCGGUCGCAUAUAUAUGGUAGUCGACAUUAUAAGACAAUUGCAAAUGCAGUGCUUGUUUAUAGACAUGUCUUUCACACCCAAAUGAAGUUAAAUCACGUGCACUUAAUGAAGUGUACGUAACAUUUUAUAUCGUCUAAACUGAAUGCCUUAUUUUUAUUUUUGCUUUGGAGAAUAACACUAUUACAAUCCUAUUCAUGAAUAGGCAUAUUAUCAUUUUGAGAUUAAAAUAUGUAAAAUUGUAACGACUGGUUCUAUUAAAACUUGUUGGUGGAUGGAGUGAAA